AAUGUGAAAUGAACGCUGCUUUGUAAAUGUUUGAUGUGCUUUCGUUGCAUCUCCAUGUGAUGAUUCCAGAUGGUCCCAGAUGUGGAAGAAGCAUUAGAGGCGUUAUUUCCGACAGCAUUUAAAGGCAGCGCCACCCUCCUCUUCACUUAGAGGUGAUUAGGGGACUCUGGACUAGCCCAGAGACGCCGCUCCAGCCACUCCCUACGCCCGGCAGACCCUGCGCUCUCCAGCCCAUCUAGAGCUCCAUUCAAAGAGCUGAGAUCCGGAUGAGAGCCUCGUUUAAGUCUCAUCUAGUACAGCCGCGUUGAAGUGAAGGCAAGCGGGGAAGGGCUUCAGGAGCGCUCCACAUUUGGAGAAGCACCCCUGGAUCUACUUUUUUUUCUGUCUUUGGAGUGGAUAUAAGACCAGACGGAGCAAGUCUUGCAGAGAUAAAGAGGGGGGACACCUACAGCCAAGAUGGAGGUGAAGACGUCACUUCUAGACAACAUGAUCGGGGUUGGAGACAUGGUCCUCCUGGAGCCCCUGUCUGAAGACUCAUUUCUCGACAACCUGAGGAAGCGCUUUGACCACAAUGAGAUCUACACGUACAUCGGCAGCGUGGUGAUCUCCAUGAACCCUUACAGGUCCCUGCCCAUCUACACGCCAGACAAGGUGGAGGAGUAUCGCAACAGGAACUUCUAUGAACUCAGUCCACACAUCUACGCUUUGGCUGAUGAGGCCUACCGCUCACUGAGGGACCAGGAUAAGGACCAGUGCAUCCUCAUCACAGGGGAGAGUGGAGCUGGGAAAACUGAGGCCAGUAAGCUGGUGAUGUCAUACGUGGCAGCGGUGUGUGGGAAGGGCCAGGAGGUGAAUAAGGUCAAAGAACAGCUGCUGCAGUCCAAUCCCGUGCUGGAGGCUUUCGGUAAUGCCAAAACAGUAAGGAAUGACAACUCUUCCAGAUUUGGAAAGUACAUGGACAUUGAGUUCGACUUCAAAGGAGAUCCCCUGGGCGGAGUGAUCAGCAACUAUCUGCUGGAGAAGUCACGUGUGGUAAAGCAGCCAAGAGGAGAGAGGAACUUCCACAUCUUUUAUCAACUUUUGUCUGGAGCCUCAGACGACACACUCAAGAAGCUUAAGUUGGACCGGGACUUCAGCAAGUACAACUACCUGAGCCUGGACUCUGCCGUGGUCAAUGGGCUGGAUGAUGCUGCCAACUUCAGGACAGUCCGAAACGCCAUGCAGAUCGUGGGCUUCAUGGAGGACGAGGUGCAGUCGGUGCUGGAGCUUGUGGCGGCCGUGCUGAAGCUCGGCAACAUCGAGUUCAAGCCGGAGUCGCGCAGCAACGGCACAGAUGAGAGUCGCAUCAAAGACAAAAACGACUUGAAGGAGAUGUGCGAGCUUCUGGGGAUCGAACAAUCAGUGCUGGAGAGGGCGUUCAGCUAUCGGACAGUGGAGGCUAAGAUGGAGAAAGUCUCCACUACCCUGAAUGUGGCACAGGCCUACUAUGCCCGAGAUGCUCUUGCCAAAAAUCUCUACAGUCGCCUGUUUACCUGGCUAGUGACAAGGAUCAAUGAAAGCAUAAAAGCUCAAGCUAAAACGCGCCACAAGGUCAUGGGUGUGCUGGACAUCUAUGGCUUCGAGAUAUUUGAGGACAACAGCUUUGAGCAGUUCAUCAUCAACUACUGCAACGAGAAGCUGCAGCAGAUCUUCAUCGAGCUGACCCUGCGUGAGGAGCAGGAGGAGUAUGUCCGAGAGGGCAUCGAGUGGACCAACAUUGAAUAUUUCAACAACGCAGUCAUCUGUGACCUUAUUGAGAAUAAUCAAAAUGGCAUCUUGGCCAUGCUGGAUGAGGAGUGCCUGAGGCCUGGGACAGUGACGGAUGAGACCUUCUUGGACAAACUGAACACCAUCUGUGCUGAACACCAACACUUUGAGAGUCGCCUGAGCAAGAACUCUAAGUUCCUCACUGACCACAGCCUGCCACACAAUUGUUUCCGAAUCCAGCACUAUGCCGGGAAGGUGCUUUACCGCGUCGAGAGCUUUGUUGACAAGAACAACGACCUGUUAUACCGGGACCUGUCACAGGCCAUGUACAAGGCCAACCACAGCCUCAUCAAACAGCUGUUCCCUGAAGGAAACCCAGCCAAAGUCAACCUGAAGAGACCACCGACUGCUGGAUCCCAGUUCAAAACAUCAGUGGGCACACUGAUGAGGAACCUACAAACCAAGAACCCAAAUUACAUCCGGUGUAUCAAGCCCAAUGACAAGAAGGCGUCCCACAUCUUCACCGACUCUCUGGUCUGCCAUCAAGUGCGCUACCUGGGCCUGAUGGAGAACGUUCGUGUGAGGAGAGCAGGCUAUGCUUUCCGCCAGGCCUAUGAGCCCUGCCUCGAACGCUACAAAAUGCUCUGCAAAAAGACCUGGCCGCACUGGAAUGGGCCUGCCAGGGAAGGAGUGGAGGUGCUGAUGGCCGACCUCCAGGUUCCAGCAGAGGAGUUUUCUUACGGCCGCUCCAAGAUCUUCAUCAGGAACCCAAGAACGCUUUUCUUCUUAGAGGAGAGGAGGAGGCAAUGCCUGCAAGACCUAGCCUCACUCAUUCAGAAGAUCUACCGAGGCUGGAAGUGCCGCACCCAGUUCCUGCUGCUGAAAAAGAGCCAGAUAGUGGUAGCAGCGUGGUACCGCCGAUUUGCGCAACAAAAGAAGUACCAGAAGAUCAAGAGCGCCACCACUGUGAUGCAGUCUUACGCCAGAGGGUGGCAGGCACGCAAACUCCUGAGAGAGCUGAAAUACCAGAAGAGAUGUAAGGAGGCAGUGACCACCAUCGCAGCCUUCUGGCACGGCACCCAGGCACGGAUGGAGCUGAGACGUCUAAAACAAGAAGCGCGGAAUAAACAUGCUGUGACAGUAAUUUGGGCAUACUGGCAGGGAACCAAGGCCCGGAGAGAGCUGCGUCAGCUGAAGGAGGAGGCGAGGAAUAAACAUGCCGUAUCGGUCAUUUGGGCCGGCUGGCAGGGCACCAAGGCUCGCAGGGAGCUCAGGAGACUGAAGGAGGAGGCCAGGCGAAAGCAUGCUGUCGCUGUGAUUUGGGCCUACUGGCAGGGACUCAAGGUCCGCAGAGAGUACAGAAAAUUCUUCAGGGCAAACGCAGGCAAGAAGAUCUAUGAUUUCACCAUCCAGAGAAUUAUGCAGAAAUACUUCUUGGGCCUGAAGACCACUUUGCCCUCCAUGUCCCCCAUAGACAAGAACUGGCCUGUCAGGCCUUACCGCUUCCUAGACGGAGUCCACAAAGAGCUGCGGAGAAUCUUCCAUCUCUGGAGGUGCAAGAAAUACAGAGAAAAAUUCACAGAAGAAAGGAAGGCAGUGUAUGAGGAGAAACUGGAGGCAAGUGAGAUCUUCAAGGAUAAAAAGGCUCUUUACCCAAGCAGUGUGAGUCAGCCGUUCAAAGGAGACUACCUGGAGAUCAGCAAAAACCCCAAAUAUCAGAAGCUCAACAGCGCUGUGGAUGAGAAGGUUCUGCUGGCUGAUGUGGUCAAUAAGAUCAACAGAGCUAAUGGAAAGGGUACAGCCCGGAUCUUCCUGCUGACUAAAAAGAGUGUCCUCCUGGCUGACCAGAAAACAGGUCAGGUGAAGGCCAGCGUCCCUCUGCCGGACGUCGCCAGCGUGUCAGUGAGCACACAGAGUGAUGGCUUCUUUGCUCUGAAACUCAAAGAGGGCUCAGCUUCAGCUGUCAAAGGAGACUUCUUACUCAGCAGUGAGCGCCUGAUAGAAAUCAUCACUAAACUUCACCGCAUCGGAGCCACGACUGCAGACAGGGAUCAGCUCAACAUCGACAUCUCAGACGAGUUUCUGGUGCAGUUCAAGCAGGACAAAGUGUGCGUGAAAUUCAUCCAAGGGGGCCCGAAGAACGGCAGCGGCGUGUCCUGCAAGCGCAAGAACAACCGCCUGCUGGAGGUGUCGGUACCCACGACGGCGUAGUGCAGCCUCCUCUCUGCUUCCACUGCUGUUUAUGAAUGCUCAGUCUGGGGGUGACUAAACACAACAACAACACCACCACCCACUCCAAAACUCUGAACUCGACAACCAUCACACCAGUGCUCACUCUGAGCCCAAACGUGCAGUUAUUCAGCCUGUUGUGUAAUUUUCCUCCAAUCUCUCCUUGUCAGAUUUGCUAUGGCACCACUAUAGAUGUACCCACGUGCCACUUUUUUUUUUUUUUUUUUUUUUUUUUUUUGGGCAAAGAAAGCCCUGAUCCGGGUUGCAUGCCACAAAAAUUUGGUGAAAUAUUUUACUGGUGUUUUGUAAGCCUGAAGUAAAAGAGUUGAAGAUGGUUUAAAAUCUUGUUGGUGCACAGGUGACUUCUGCACGCCAGUGGUGAUGUGGAGGAUGAUUGUUCCGCCUGUGUGGUAAAUUUUAGUGUUCAGAAGAAAUGUCAUUGCAAGAACCUUACGGCGAGCUUCAGUCUCAUCUGGUCUGCGCUCAUCUGCUUUUAAGUAGCUCGAUGAGUUAAAAUGAGAGAUGAACUGGGGACUUUAUGGGCUUGGCCUGUCAGAUUCUGUUCUCUGAUGGACUUGAAUUCUGCACUAGCUUUCGCCUCUGUGUAACUAAAAGAGGAUGACUUAAAAAUGAAUUUGAUUGUAUGUUGUAUUAUUUUCUAUGUAUAUUUUUCUCUCUGACAAGAAGCACAGCGGGCAGUUGAGAAGUCAAAUAUAAUUUGCUAGAUUAUUUUAAAACCACAUUUGUAUCCAUACCUAUGUGCCAUUGAAUAGAUCCCUUGACUUGUCGUGUGUCAGUGUACGAAUAUAAACCACAUACGGAACCAUACAGGUGAUUGAUCCCUUUCAUUUACAGUUAUUGAUAAUAUCAAUGCCAAAUAUGCUCAUUGAGCAGGGAGCCUAUUGACCGGUGGUGGUAAUUUCUUGUAGGUUUUGAUUGCGCUGCACAUGCGAUCAAUUGCCAUUUCCUCUACACAGCACAAUUUGUAAUCUUUUCGAAGCUUUAUUCCAUCUGCAAGGAGUUAUUGUAAACUGAAUUCAUAUCAUAGAUUGCCAUGCAUGAAUUAAAGAAGACCUCUUAUCACUAUGUGGGGUUGGAUGGAGAUGAUCCAGCCACAGGACGCUAAGGUACCCACAUCAGUUCCAUAGUCUUCACCGGACUCAAAGCUUUCUCUGGCACAAAGUGGAACCCUUGAAAGUGAUAUUUUUUUUUUGUGCAAUACGUAAAAUGUUUUGUCUUUAUUAUUCUCUUUCCGGCAAAACAGUAGUGAGAACCAAUAGCAGUUGCCCUUGCUGUACGAUAAGCUGUACAUAGGCUCGAUAGGCUGUAGCCCUGACAUGGACAAAGGGUUGUUUAGUAUCCUAGUUUUAAUUGCUGUUUGUGAAAUAGCUGUUUCUGCCACUGCAGCUUGAGCUAAUGUAGUGCUAGACCCACUCUGGCCUAAUGUGUAUUUUUCAAGGGGAAAGACCAAAUAUUUAAGUGCACAUGACCAUAGAUUCUUGAUGUAUCUGAAGAAAUUGACCAGUUUCUGCUUUUGUAGUACACUCAUGUUAAAAAAAAAAAAGAAACAACUUGGUAUUCACAUAUUUUACGCAAGCCAAAUUUGAGUGUCAAAGAAGAGAGAGCGCUAUAUUUUCAGGCAUGUUGACUAUAAUAAUAUGUAUUUGGAUGUACUGGUAGAGGGUUUUGUACUUCUGGUGACUCUGUGAGAGAAUAACAGCCAAACUCGGUCUAGUCAUGUUUUGCAAUCUGGGGUAUCUUGGUUUGUAAGGUGAUCUUUGUAUGUUUUGUUUUUUAAUGUCACACGCAACACAGGGAGAAAUCGGUUGUUGUCCCUGGCUUUGGGAACGAUUGAGCUGAAUACUAGUUUUGAUGUAAUUUUCUUCCUCUGCUGCACGCUUUCAGUGCAGCUUUUUGCUAGGGUAUCGCCUUCCUCGCCACUCUCUCUCUCUGUUUUGUAUUUGAACAAUGGCUAGAACUGCGAAACGAUGUCUGCAUUCUUGUGUGCCUAAUGUUAACCUGUGCUAAGAGACAGAACAUGGAAAUGUUUCAGUAGAACUCAAUGUAUCAUUUACAAGUAAUCUCUCUUCUUUUUUUAAAUUAAAUAAAAAUCUGUAAUAAAUAAAUAAAUAAAUAAAUAAAUGCCA